UUUGUUUUUCAAACGUGACAGAAAAUCUAAUUGUUUGACCUAAUAUAUUUAAAUUGUUGUCUUUUUAUUAGCGAAAAUUGUUUGUAAUUAAUUUCUAUUGAUUAAUUAGUAUUGAAAUGAACCAUGAAAACAUUUACAUUAGAAAAAAUUAAAUCUAUUCAAGAUGAUGUUUCUCAUAUAAGAAAUAUCUGUAUUCUUGCUCAUGUUGAUCACGGUAAAACAACACUCGCUGAUUAUUUAAUUGCUAGUAAUGGGAUUAUCUCUUUACGAUUAGCUGGUAAAUCCAGGUAUCUGGACAGUCGACCCGAUGAACAACAAAGAGGAAUUACCAUGAAAUCAAGUAGUAUUGCUCUUGGACACUCAAUCGAUGAUGAAGAUUAUCUCGUUAAUGUUAUCGACUCUCCGGGACAUGUUGAUUUCUGUGGUGAGGUUUCAACGGCAAUACGACUUUGUGAUGGUGCGCUAAUUGUUAUCGAUGUUGUUGAAGGACUUUGUGCUCAAACCAAGACAGCGAUUCGUCAAGCCUGGACUGAGAUGAUUAAACCAGUUUUAGUUUUAAAUAAAAUCGAUCGGCUUAUAUUGGAAAAACAGUUAACACCUUUAGACGCUUUUGUACACCUACAACAGAUAUUGGAACAAGUUAACGCUCUUAUGGGCGAAUUGUACAAUGUUGAAGUAUUAGAAGAAGAUGAUGAUGAUCCUAAUCACGAGAAGAAAAAUGGUACCAAUCGAUUGGUGAACAAUUUACCAGAUAAUAAUCGUGAUUCAAAUUCAGAGGAAAAAACUUACGAUUGGAAUACGGGUUUAGACGAUAAAGAUGAUUCCACUUUCUAUUUUGCUCCUGAACAAGGAAAUGUUGUUUUCGCCAGUGCCUUGGAUGGUUGGGGUUUUACUAUUCAAGAUUUUUCCAAAUGGUUGAGUAAUAAACACGGUUUCAAGGUGGAAACCCUAAAUAAAACCCUAUGGGGCGAUUAUUACCUUAAGGGUAAAACUAUCAUGAAAGGUGCUCAAUCAAAGGCUAAAGAACCAUUAUUUGUAUCAAUGAUUUUAAAGCAAAUUUGGUAUAUUUAUGAUUCUGUGAUGAUCCGCCGAGAUAAAAUAACUACCGAUAAAAUAAUAUCCAAUCUUGGUCUAACAAUUCACCGUCGAGAUGUAACCCAUAAUGAUCCAAGGGUAACCCUACAAUCAAUAUUAACCCAAUGGUUAUCACUUGCACCCAAUUUACUGACCGCUGUUUGUACCCUAAUCCCAAGUCCACUUGAAUUACAGGAACAGAGAGCGGAAAAGUUAAUGUGCUCCAAUACAACGAGAUUUGAACUAUUCCCAGAGAAAACGAAGAAAAUGAAAGAAGCCUUUCUUACCUGUUCCAAAGAGGGAUCAACAAUUGUCUGUAUUUCUAAAAUGUUCCCGGUGGAAAAAAACACUUUACCUCAGUAUAAACCUAAACCUUUAACAGUUGAUGAAAUUUCCCGUCGUCGGGAUCUUGUCAAAGCUACACUAAUGUCCAAUAACAGUGUUAACGAAGGUAUAACGGGAUCAACGCCAGUUUCUAUGGGAACAAAGGAAGAUGAACUUGGUAUAAUAACAGCGAUACCCGCCGGUGGUAAAAGUGAACAGGAAGAAGAUGAGAUGAGGGAGAAUAUUGUUUUCCUUGCUUUUGCCAGAGUUUUCAGUGGAACCAUAAGUAAAGGAGAUCAACUUUAUGUACUUCACCCUAAACAUGAUGUAACCAGAAUAACCGAUGAAACUGUGAUAGAUACAAAUGCCAAAUUAACUGACCUUAAAACUGACCAACACAUUACCUGUGCCAAAGUAGAGGGACUUUAUAUUUUAAUGGGUCGUGGCCUUGAAUCAAUUGACUCAGCUGGAGCGGGAAAUAUUGUUGGUAUAACUGGACUUGAAGAUCAUGUCAUCAAAUCGGCAACACUUUCCAAUACAAUUUACUGUCCACCCUUUAUUGAUCUACAUGUUCCCUCUCAGCCUAUCCUACGGGUCGCCAUUGAACCCGUUAAUCCAAGUGAAAUGAGUAAAUUAAUUAAAGGGUUAAAAUUGUUAAAUCAAUCGGAUCCUUGUGUUGAGGUACGAAUACAAGAUUCAGGUGAACAUGUAAUCAUCACCACGGGUGAAAUUCAUUUACAAAAGUGUGUUGAUGAUUUGGUUAAUAGAUUUGCCGGAAUUGAAGUUAACGUUUCAUCACCGAUUGUCCCAUUUAGAGAGACAAUUGUCCUUAAUCAAUCAGGUGAUCAACAACAACAACAACAACAAUCAACGAGCAACUCUAAUCAAAUGUCAAGCAAAACAAUUAACGGAUUACAAUCGUCAUCAUCAUCAUCAUCAAACUUUUCCUUGUCAUCAACUGAAAUUCAACAAUCAACAAUUAAUAGUAAUAAUAUUAAUUCUAAUUGUGAAGAGAAUCACCAAGAUUCCGAAGGAUAUUUAAUUCUAACAACACCAAACAAAAAGUCAACAAUUAAAAUUAAAGCUUUUCCUUUACCAGAAGAAAUAGUUAAAUUGUUGGAGAAAAAUUGUGAUCUAAUUAAGAAAAUGGAUGAGAUGGACAAAAAUCGAAGUCAAUUAGAUUGUAAUUUAAUUAGUACCGAUUUAAGUAAACGUUGGAAUGAAUUUAAAGAUAAACUGAAUGAACUUUUAAUCGAGAAUCAAAUUCAAGGUUUAACUGAUUCUUUCAAACGUAUUUGGUCAUUUGGUCCAAAAUAUUGUGGACCAAAUAUACUUUUUAACGCAAUUGAUGAUCUACCCAAUUUCUCAUCACCAUUAUCUUCCUCAUCAUCUUAUUCAUCACCUCAUUUAUCUUCCAUUGAUUCAUCAUCAGCUGAUCCCCGAUCUGAAUACGAGUAUAGUUUCAUCAGCGGUUUCCAAUUGGCCUCAUUUUCUGGUCCACUUUGUGAAGAGCCAAUGUACGGUGUUGCCUUUAUAAUUAAAUCUUGGACAAUUGAAUCAAUCAACCAAACACAAUCGGAACAACAACAAAUCCAAUCAACUGAAAGUGAUCCCUAUGGUCCAUUCACUGGUCAGAUAAUGUCCACCGUCAAGGACGGUUGUCGAAAAGCCUUUCAAGCUCAACCCCAACGGCUUAUGGCCGCAAUGUAUUCAUGCACCAUUCAGGUUACCAGUGAUGCUCUGGGUAAAAUGUAUGGGGUGAUUCGUCGUCGACAUGGACGAACCAUUCAUGGCGAUAUGCAACAAGGAUCGUCCAGUUUCACCGUUACUGCGAUUUUACCUGUAAUUGAAAGUUUCCAAUUCUCGAAUGAGAUUCGUAAGCAGACCAGUGGAAUGGCCUUACCUCAGCUCGUGUUCAGCCAUUGGGAGGUUAUUGAUAUUGAUCCUUUUUGGGUUCCAACCACCGAAGAGGAGUACGAAUUGUAUGGGGAAAAAGCUGAUACUCAGAAUCGAGCUCGAAUUUAUAUGAACUCAGUUCGAAAGCGAAAAGGACUUCCAGUUGAUGAGAAGAUUGUUGAACAUGCAGAGAAGCAAAGAACUUUCAAAAGAAAUAAAUAAUAUUCGACGAAAAGAAAAGACUUAAAUUUGGAAUUUCAAUUAAUUAUCGUUACAAUUUGUACUUUGAUUUGUUAAUCACUUUUUUUCCUUCUUUCAUAAUCUAAAGAGUAAUUAUUUUGAUUCCUCGAAAAGUAAAAACUACAAAAAUAUGUUGACAUCUCCAUGGAAUUUACUUUUUUAUAGUUACAAUUUCAUGUUGAUUAAGUUUUCUUUUUACUUAAUAAACAAAAAAAAACGUAAAUUGGUUCUUUUUUACUUUUAAUUGAA